CCCCAGUAGUGUAGUUCAUUGGGUAAACAAUUUAAGAUUGUUAAUUCCAAGAUAUUUCUUUUUCACAUGCUGAGUAACAAAUAGCUGUAUUCUUCUUAGCAGAUAGUUGAAAAAAGAAUGUGACUAGCACCUUAAAAUAUUUUUAUAUUGAUUACAUGUUGAAUUAGUAUUUUAGAUACAUUGGGUUAUUAGAAUAUCCAAUGCUGGGUUAAAUAAAAUAUAUUCAAAUUAAUUUUGAUUGUUUUUACUUCAAAAAUAUGGCUCUUAGAUCAUUUUAAAUUACAUAUGCGGCUUGCUUUUUCUUUUUUUUGAUCACGCCUCAAGACAUGUGAGAUCUUAGUUCCCUGACCAGGGAUCAAACUCUUGACUCUACCCUGGAAGACCAGAGUCAACCACUGCACCUCCAGGGAAGUCCUGUCAUGGUAUAUUAUUACUGAACAGUGCUAAUCUGGAAGAACAGUACUAGUGUAAUUUUCUUCCCUUGAAGCUAUUUUGCCAGCCACUUCAUUAUGGGAGGAGAGAAGUUUGAUUCAACUCACCCCGAAGGCUACUUGUUCGGAGAAAACAGCGAUCUGAACUUUCUGGGGAACAGACCAGUGGCGUUUCCUUAUGCAGCCCCCCCUCCCCAAGAACCAGUGAAGACUCUGAGAAGCCUGAUCAACAUCCGAAAGGACACCCUGAGACUCGUCAAAUGUGCCGAGGAAGUGAAGACCCCGGGGGAAGAGGCAGGCAGAGCGAAGGUCCACUACAACGUGGAGUUCACCUUUGACACGGACGCACGGGUGGCCAUCACCAUCUAUUACCAGGCCACCGAAGAGUUCCAGAAUGGCAUCGCCAGCUACAUCCCCAAAGACAACAGCCUGCAGUCGGAGACGGUGCACUAUAAGCGCGGGGUGUGCCAACAGUUCUGCCUGCCCUCACACACCGUGGACCCCUCCGAGUGGGCGGAAGAGGAGCUUGGCUUCGACCUAGACAGGGAGGUUUACCCGUUGGUGGUCCACGCCGUGGUGGAUGAAGGCGAUGAGUAUUUUGGCCAUUGCCACGUCCUGCUGGGCACUUUUGAAAAGCACUCAGAUGGCACUUUCUGUGUCAAGCCCCUCAAACAGAAACAAGUGGUGGAUGGGGUCAGCUACCUCCUUCAGGAGAUCUAUGGGAUUGAAAACAAGUACAACACGCAAGAAUCUAAGGUGGCUGAGGACGAGGUGAGCGACAACAGCGCUGAGUGUGUGGUGUGCCUCUCCGACGUGCGGGACACCCUGAUCCUGCCCUGUCGACACCUCUGCUUAUGUAACAGCUGCGCCGACACCCUGCGCUACCAGGCCAACAACUGCCCCAUCUGCCGACUGCCCUUCCGGGCACUGCUCCAAAUCCGAGCCAUGAGGAAAAAACUGGGCCCCCUGACCCCAACCAGCUUCAACCCUAUCCUCUCAUCCCAGACCUCCGACUCAGAAGAGCAUUCCUCCUCAGAGAACAUCCCGCCAGGUUAUGAGGUGGUGUCUCUCCUGGAGGCCCUCAAUGGGCCCCUCACCCCGUCCCCAGCGGUCCCCCCGCUCCACGUGCUUGGAGACCGACACCUCUCAGGAAUGCUGCCUUCCUAUGGCAGCGACGGCCACCUGCCUCCCAUCCGCACCUUCUCCCCCCUCGACCGCCUCUCCGACUGCGGCAGCCAAGGACUCAAGCUCAAAAAGAGUCUCUCCAAGUCCGUCUCUCAGAAUUCUUCUGUGCUGCCCGAAGAGGACGAUGAGCGUUCCUGCAGUGAAUCUGAGACACAGCUGUCUCAGAGACCGUCAGGCCAGCAUCUCGGAGAGGAAUGUGGUGUCACCCCAGAAAGUGAGAACCUGACCCUGUCAUCGUCAGGAGCUAUUGACCAGUCGUCCUGCACGGGAACCCCGCUCUCCUCCACGAUUUCCUCCCCAGAAGACCCUGCCAGCAGCAGCCUGGCCCAGUCGGUCAUGUCCAUGGUGUCGUCCCAGAGCCAGCACUCCCAGAUCAGCACCAACACCGUCUCCUCCAUGUCCGGCUCCUACAUCGCCCCUGGCACGGAAGAGGAGGGGGAGGCCCUCCCCUCCCCCCGGACUGCCAGCAGGACCCCCUCAGAUGAAGAAGAGGUGACGCCCGCAGCAUCUCCAGACUGCAACUUCAUGGGCCUCGCCGCCGAGGAGCAGGACGCAGAGGGGAACGAUGUUCUAGAGGAAGAGGACGCAUCGCCCACACAGGAAGAUGGCCAGAGGACAUGCGCAUUUCUAGGUAUGGAGUGUGACAAUAACAAUGACUUUGACAUCGCCAGCGUGAAAGCACUGGACAAUAAGCUGUGCUCUGAGGUCUGCUUACCUGGUGCCUGGCAGGCCGAUGACAACGUGGUGAGUCGUCGAAACACGCAGCGCCGGCGCUUGUCCUCCGGAAGCCUGGAGGACCCCGAGGACAGGCCCUGUGUGUGGGGGCCUCUGGCCGUCUGAGAACCCCCGCCUGUGUACCAGGGCCCUCCUCCUGUCCUCACAUCCCUUCCUGGCCUCACUGCACUGCUGACCUGCUGGGCAUCCUCAGCAAGAUACGUGGAGACUCUUUAGACCCACGUGCAAGCUGGAUGCUUGAGGGCACCUGCUCCUUCUCCCAGCCUUCUUCCGCAGUCGUGAUCCUUCCCCUCUCAGAAGGGACCAGAAGCCUCCUUGCUCCUUGAGGGCUAAAGCCACGGGAUGAACUGCAGCUCCUGAGACCCUCUGCAGAGACUUUUUGAAAAUGUUUCCACCGAAUCUUGGCCUUCAAAUGGAGCUGAGGCCCAUGGACCGGCUGUUUCUUGUGCAUCUUUUUUCUCCUUAGGCGGGUAGACCAAGAGGACUCGGCGUUUGCGUGACUUCAUUACAAACAGCUAGCAUUUUCUGGUCUCUGGGACAUCAUGACCAAUCUGAAACUUCCAGUUCGGGGUGGGGGUUUGGGGGAUGACUCCUGCAAAAAGGGAAAGCCAUAUUGCACUAGAAGUGGAGUUCCCCCUCAAAAAGUGUUAGGAGCUCCUUUCUCAAGGACAGGAAACAGUGGCAACCACUGGAAGGUUGGUUGGGAAAACAGUUCUUGCUUCUUUCUGGUGGCAGAGGCAGUGCCUCAUGUGUCUGUCUGCUUAGGAAGGAGGCUAAAUCUUGCUUGAAUCUGAGAAUCCCUUAGUUACAUGGCUCCCUUCUGGAGGGUUAUUUAUGAUCAGGUGCACUCAAGAAGGCCUGGGACUCCAACCUAUGGUGACACCUCCAAAACCAUUUGACCCCUUCUAUGUGCCAGGCACAUGUUAGGGCACAUGUUAGGAGUGGUAUCACAUUUCAUCACUACCGCCCUGUCAAGUGGCCUUCUUAUCCCCACUGUAGCCAUCUCCACCCCCUUUUCUUAAAUAUUUGAAGAAACAGGUUGAGAAAGGGGGUGGACCGCUGAUUCUCAAUUGGUGCCCAGGAGCCCCAAAGUAAGUUGGGGAAAGGGCUGAGCUGGGGCCAGGGGUUGUCCAGGGGGCUCCCCUCCCCACCCGUUGUCCUCCCCUGCCUCCCCCCCGCCCCGCCAGAUCUGCUGAGCCUGAUUGGGGGGCGGGUACUACCUUCCAUAGGCUUAUUAGAGAUGUAGAGGUAUUGUUCAAAUUAUGUGUCCACCCCACCCCACUCCAGUCCUGUGUAGGACAUAUAACUGACACCCUGAAACAGCAAGGCCAGACUGUAAGCUGUUGACCGUUCGUGUCUCAACACUGGUGUUAUCACUGGAUUCCUCCUGGCUCCCAGAUAGGUGUAUUGUCUGCCAGCUUUUGGAAGAGGUCGUUGUUAGUGGAGCCUGAGACUGGGAAGCAAAGCUGGUUCCAACAGUUUGCAAGGCAGAUACAUGAUUGACAGAGCCCUAGGAUACGUCCACCACAAUGACCUGAAUUAAUAGUUGGUAUUGUGGCCCUCGAAGAGCUUUUCAGGUCCUUCCCAAGGCCUCGAAGCGAGCCCAGUGCCCAGGGGACCCUUCGAACCUUCCGUGUAGUUUCUUUGCGCUGCCAGGCAGGUGGUGACCCUCACACUGCUUGGUGGCUGUGGUUUACAUCCUGCUCUGGGGGUGGGGAGGCCUAUAGUCCCAACAGACACUACACAAGCCAAGCCUGAAUCUCUGCCUCUGUCUUGAGUUUCCUGCAUCCCCUUCUCUGAAAUCCUGCAGCGGACUCUGCCAUUUCAGGCGCCACUUCAUGUCCUUUCUCUCCCCGAAACAUUCGUAUGGCCCCUAUCAUAUUUAAGAUUUGAGCAAUAACCCCAUUUCCUGAUUUCCCUGAGAUUUGAGCCCCAGAAAUGUGAGGGAAUGGGGACCUCCCUGAGCCUGGGGUGGCGGCAUUCAGACCCACCUGCUUUCCCGGCAGGUAGUAUUCACAGUGUGCUGUUACUUGAGAUGAAGGCGAGGCAAGUAAACAGGAGCCACGGCGGCCAGGAACCAUAAGAGGAAGCCAUUGUCUUCACCCCUUCUGGAGGGUCUGCCUUCUCCUGGAAGAGGCUCAGAGAGAUUCCUCAAGGCCUUGGCUCCAUAACCAAGACUGACCUGGGUGAGAAAUGGCUCUUCAUGCCUGCUUCUCAAGACAGUUCCUGCUCUCUCCCCAAGCCCCUCACCUCUCUGCUCUCAUUUAGCUCUUUGGCAAGUAGAACUUUCACUGGUGGCCCAGUGGUUAAGACUCUGCACUUCCACUGCAGGGGGUGCAGGUUCGAUCCUUGGUCUGGGAACUAAGACCCUGCGUGUCACAUGGUCUGACCAAAGAGGGGGGGGCAAAAAAAAAUUCCUAGAAAUAGCCCAUCUAGAGAGGCUGGUCUUCAGCCUGGUCAGGGAACAGGGCAGAUGCUCCAGCCAUCAUCUGGAUACCAUCAUGUUGUAAGCAGGUGACCCAGAGAACCUGUGACAGGGCCUGGCUUCUCCCACGAAGGCACAGACUCCCGAGUUUGGGGUUCCUUCCUGCCAUGCUCAGGUCUGAACUCACCUGUGAGCUCACUUCUGAGUGGUGCCAUGACCCUGGCCUCCUCGAGCCCUUUUUCCUUCCCCUACCCAGUCCCACCCCACCCCCAGAGGUCAUGCCCACGCUGAGGCAUCGCCUGGGCACAGAUCCACACACUGUAAGCCAUCUCACCUGAGAAGAGUUCGUGUCCUGUCCACCUGAUCUCGGCAUGCUGGUUUCUCACUUUGCUUUAGGAUCUGCACACCUAGUACACGGGAGUCUGUGUGUCCUGUCGUGCCAUCUGUGUACCCCUCACUCCCCGGAGUACACGUGUGGGCACACUACAGUGGGGACAUCAAGGAUGCAACAUUUAUGGAUUGCUGCAUGAUUCUUAAAAAUGAAUAAAACUGUUGACAAGGGAAGGA